GAGUGAAGCCGAGUGCUUUGAUAAGCUGUGGUGCUCCAGGUAGCUGUGAACUUGAACUCGAAGAGAGAAAAUAAAAGGAAAAACAGAAAGAUAGGGGCGAAGGGAAGAUGGUGAGAGCUCCUUUCUAUGAUAAAAAUGGAGUGAAGAAAGGUGCAUGGAGUAUUGAAGAAGAUGACAAACUACGUUCUUAUAUUAAAAGAUUUGGUCAUUGGAACUGGCGUGAACUACCCAAGCAAGCUGGUCUUCAAAGGUGCGGAAAGAGUUGCAGAUUAAGGUGGUUGAAUUACCUCCGACCUGAAGUGAAACAUGGAAACUUCACUGAAGAUGAAGAUGCCUUAAUCUUGAAAUUACACCAAGAAUACGGAAAUAGGUGGUCGAUGAUCGCUGCAAGUUUACCGGGAAGAACUGACAACGAAAUAAAAAAUCAUUGGCACACUCGAUUAAAAGAACGUGCAAGUCGUAAUCCCACAUCAUCUACAGAUCAAUCCAGGACUGAAUCCUUAUCCACCCACAGUUUUGAUGGUGAAGCCGAAUGCAUCUGUAUUGAUGUCCCACCCAACAUGAUACUGGAGAGCUCGGCCUUGGCUUCCACACUAACAUCAUCGACUGUCGAAUUGUCCUCCCCCAACAUGAUAUCGGGGAGCUCGGCCUUGUUACGGACGACCCCGUCGACUGUUGAAUUGUCAUCUUCCAACUUGAUAUCAGGGAGCUCGGCCUUGUUCCCGACAACACCGUCGACUGUCGAAUUGUCCUCUCCCAAUUUGAUAUCGGGGAGCUCGGCCUUGUCUCCGGUUACGCCUUCCACUGUCGAAUUUUCUUCAGCCAGCCUGGUUGUCGACAGAGAAUAUACAUCGAGCUUAAAUAUCGGAGGCAGCGGUACGGAGGAUGUUUGUCUCCUUCCGUGUUCUUCGGGAAUGUAUGAAGAUCUUAUCGGCGGAGAUUUCUGGAGUGAGCCGUUUGUGGUGGAGAUAGAUCUUCCAUUGCAUUUUGAGAUUUAUGAUGAUGAUUAUGUUGAUUUGUUUUUUGAUCAAAUGAUGCACGCCACAAAUGGCUCACUCCAGAAAUCUCCGCCGCCUUCGACGUUUAAGCUCGACAUAUAUCCACUGUCGACAACCGGGCUGGCAGAAGACAAUUCGAUGGUCGACGGUGUCAUAAGAGACAAUGCCGAGCUACCCAAUAUCAUGUUGGAGGAUAAUUCGACAGUUGACGGUGUUAUCGGAGACAAUGCCGAGCUCCCCAACAUCAUGUUGGAGGACGAUUCGACAGUUGAUGAUUUUACCGUGGUAGGCAAGGCCGAUCUCUCCAGUAUCAUGCGGGGUGGGGUAUCGACACGGAUGCUUUAG